AUGUCCUUCGAGGCACUGCAGGAGCGGCUCGCCGCCCUACAAGACACCACUUCACAGCUGAAAGAGCUAAUUGACCGUCUCGCCAACCUCAAGUUCCAACCGGGUUCUGUGCCCCUGAGCAGCAGCAUCAGCAGCCUCGAUGAGAAGGAGAGCAAUGUCGCUACCGAGCUCGGCGCGGAGAUCAACCAGAUACUGAGGGAGGAGGAGGAGGAUCUUGAGCUAUUACAGGAGGAGAUUGCGGACCUGCGCGGCGGACGCCCCGGCAGCGAAGCCGAGCACAAUAAAACACGGUUGAAGGAUGGUGCCAGAAGCUGUCGCGUGUCCUUUCGCAAAGCACAGCUAGCAGCCGCACACUCCCUCGCAGCAGCCCAGCGCCUCGAGCGCGAGCUGCUCCUUGCAUCCUACGCCGCCGCAUCACAAGCCAACACACCGACACGGUCCGGCGCCUCCUCCCCGGCGCCCAGCCUCUACCCCCGCAGACGCCGCGAAGACGCCGCGCGAUCGAAGGCCGAGGCCGAGAACCCGGAGCUGGCCGCGAGCAGCGAUGUCACCGCCUCCUUCCGUCGGCUGCACGCACUGACGCAGACGCAGCUGCAGAUGAGUGCCGCGGCGAUGCAGACGCUGGGCGAUAGCACGCAGCAACUGAAGCAACUGGGACAGAGCUAUAAUCGGCUGGAUGAUCUGCUGGCGAGCAGCAAGGACCUGCUUGGAACGCUCCUACAUAGCCAGAAGAGCGACACGUGGUAUUUACAGACGGCGCUAUAUAUGCUUAUGGUCACGGCUGGGUGGCUGGUCUUCCGGCGCCUACUUGCGGUCGGACGACUAGGUGGCGAUGGAGGUGCGAGGGUGGAGGUUGAUGGAGAUGCAAGAAGAAUCAUGGUGUGUGAGGAUGAGCUAGAUGCGGUCCCCACCGUCCAGGUUGGAAAAGGUCAGACUCAAACAGAGAAAGGCGACCCUGACUCGAUGGUCGAGAAAGUUGGGAAGAUCAUAGAUGGCCAAGAUGAAAAGCAAGAAGACGGCAUAGAUGGAGUCAGGAACGCCAGCGAGCAGGCCCAGCCCAAUCCCAAGAAGCGGAUGUGGGAAGAAGACAAAGAAGCUGCCAAAGAGGCGGAAAGGAUCAAGGAUGAGCUGUAA